UCCUUCCAGCGCCGCUCCCAUCCCUCUCUCUGCUCCCCCACGAUCCACCCCUCUCCAUCCCCAAUUAAACGAUCCCCUCCUCGUCGAGCCUGGAUCUGGCCGUACCCUAUGGAGCGACACAAUUCAUUCAGGAUGGGAGAGGCCAAGGAGAACGACGUGUACAAGCAGGAGCUGCUCGACGACGACAAGGCUGUUGACGCCGCCGCCAAGCCGGCCGCCGGGCACGCAGCCGCCAGGAAGGGCAACGUCGGCAGCCACAGCUCCGGCUUCACAGACUUCUUUCUCAAGCCCGAGCUGCUCCGGGCCAUCCAGGACUGUGGCCUUGAGACCAGGACUAACGCUUGGAGCAGCGUCCCCCCGAAGGCAAGUUAGUUCGAUUGGUUAGCAUGUAGUACAACGCUUAGCUAUCCCCCUUGGCACCCAUUAAUCGCCACGUAUUAGCUUUCAGUGGUUUCAAAAGCAUACGAACUAGACCGCUAGGAAUAACUAGUACUCCCAUAUAUGUGAUCUCUUAUAUUUCUUUACAGCGGGA